GAGGCAACGCCAUUUUUGCAUCGGCAUAGGGAAAGUGUUUUGGUGCGGGGUGGAAGACGAAUAGUGGUUGAUGAUGGCAGAUAAGUACAAUGAUUCGAACGGAGAAUAUGCCGGCGAUUUCAAGAGGAGGACCCAGAUGGAGAAAGAUGGGGGUGGCAUAGUUGCAGUCGGUGGAGGUGGCGUCGACGGCUCCGAGGUCGACAACGACGAAUCGAACCCGGCGAUGAUGAAAGCCAGCGAAUAUAUCAGCGAGCUCCUGCAGGAGAAGCUUGCGAUCGAUUCCCUCAAAUACCCGAACACAAUUCGUUUAAUCGAUCAAGAGAUCGCAAAAGUCCAGGCAAUCGGGAAGGUUCCAGCGAAGGAUCUGAAAUAUGUUGAUAUCUACAGGGAGCGACCCAUGAAAGUUUCCGUCAAAGUUCUCGUUCCGGUCAAAGAGCAUCCUAAGUUUAAUUUUGUUGGUAAACUACUGGGACCGAAAGGCAACUCGAUGAAACGGCUCCAGGAAGAAACAAUGUGUAAGAUGGCUGUUCUGGGUCGUGGGUCAAUGAAGGACCGCAACAAGGAGGAAGAACUAAGACAGUCAUGCGAUUCAAAGUAUGCUCACCUAAGCGAUGACCUUCACGUGGAGAUAUCAGCCCUAGGACCACCUGCGGAGGCACACGCUAGGGUUGCCUUCGCCCUGGCGGAGGUCAGAAAGUAUCUUAUACCAGACAACAAUGAUAACAUCCGGCAGGAGCAGAUGCGCGAGAUGGAGAUAAUGACGGCUAUACCGAACGAGCGCGAGUCCACCAGACGCACCAGCAUCCUCAGAAGCAGCUCUCGUUCAGCGCGCGGUAGCCCUUUCAAUGGUUUACCAGCUGUUUCGGCUUCUGUUCCAAGAGCACCUCUGCAGAUGAGGACUGCCACCAGGACACCGGUCGUCACACCACGCGUAAUGCCAGCGAAAACAAAAAUCUUGUCUAUUUUAGAUAGAGCGAGGAUCGCGAUGGAAGAAAGCUACGGCUACGAGGAGCCCUACGAGCCCACCGAACCUUCCUAUGAACACUACAGUCCGCCUCCAAGCCACUACAGAUCGGGUACCUCCAGCCACCAUUACGACACACCUGAGUACGACACGGAAUACUACAGGGAAAGCUCUAGCUCAUAUGAGCCUUCGUCUCAUCGUUGGAAGUCUUACAAAGCUUCGAGUACGUCGAGCUCGAGGCAUAGUGAAUCUUCACGGUAUCGUUCUUCACCGUACACACGACCUACGAAAUAAUACUUAAUUUUAAAAAUACAAACAAAAUCACCAAAAUGAACUUUUUAACAAAGCCCUAUGCUUCUGGUAUAAAAUUAAACUCAACAGGUUUAUGAUAUAAGGUCCACUUUGGGAACAACUGAAACUCUGAAACUGUGAUAAACAUUUGUGAUAUUUCACCUACGAUUAAAAAUAUUUUACUCCCUUAUUUUUUUUUAUAUUUUUU